CAGAAUCACAAAGAUGGCAACCCUUCAAGCCCCAACUGCGUCUUUUGCAAAAACAUGCACAGACGGUGCCAGACGCGGCGUCGCCGCUCGGAUCACUUUUCGGGGCACGCCGAUUUCUCAUAGCGCACCAAUCUCAGCGCCUGCAUCUCAAAACUCACUGCGUGUAGCUUCUCGCAACCGCAGCUCUCCGCAGGUGGCAGCGAGCUCGACCCCCGGGCCGUCGCCGCAGUCGACACAGGCGCCAGAGGGCCCCCAAACACGUUGGCUCCAGAAGACUGUCGUACUGCCGCCGUACCCUCGCGGUUGCCACGUCAUCACCCGCCGGAUCUAUGAGAUGGUUCCGGAGCUUGCGGCGUUUGAAGUGGGUCUGGCGCACAUCUUCAUCCAGCACACGAGCGCCUCCCUCACCGUCAACGAGAACGCCUCCCCCGAGGUGCCCCUGGACCUCAAUGACGCCCUAGACCGCCUAGCACCGGAGGGGAACUACUACCGGCAUGACGACGAGGGCUCCGAUGACAUGCCGGCGCAUGUGAAGAGCAGCCUCAUGGGUGUCUCGCUGCUGCUGCCCAUCAGCCGGGGGCGACUGGCACUGGGCACUUGGCAGGGGGUGUACCUCAACGAACACAGGAACAGCGGCGGCCCCAGGACGCUGCUGGUGACGCUGCAGGGGCAGGUGCGCGGCGACGGACGCAAGUACGCACCCGCUGGGAGCGCCGUGUGAGCGUCGCUUCCGCAGUUGUGCUGCCGCCGCCGCCGCAGCAGCCGCUGCAGCAGCAGCAGCAGCUGGGCACUGCAGGGUGCGGCAGUGUACCAUCGGUGCCAUCUGGUACCAUUAACAGCAGAGUGCCCUGCAAUGAUAAGGCGGCCUGGAGGCCCUGACUGCGUUGUGUGAGGCCGUUCGAGGUGGUAUGAGAGGCGCGGCGGCAAGAUCUCUGCAUUGGGGAGCAAAGAUCUGGUUAAGAUCCAGAUCUUGGAUUGGGCGCCGCAUGAAGAGCUGGGAGGCGUGGAAGGCGGCCGGUGGGAGAUGGCAGGAGCUUAUGUUGCAGGGAGGGUAUGGUGUGGGUGGAUGAAGACGAAGAAGCGUGUUACGGAGCGAUGGGGUGUUGGUUACCUCUUUAUGACUGCUCUUUGACACUGGCCUUGGAGACUCCACUUGGACAUGCGGUGGGCAUCAGGCAUCUCCCAACAGUGGACUUGGCGCUGACACCCAGCUCCCAUCACGCACAUCAAUGCCAUCACAAAAUGAGGGUGUUGCAGUGUAGCGUGCAGGUGGAAUAUGAGUGAAGUUGACCAGUUUGGAAGUACCGGUACUAGGAUGGCAGGGCUGCAACUCCAAAAGCUGCAGCGACUGGUGAGUGUUAAGGCUAGAUGUUUGACAGCAGUUAUGGCGGUUUGAGUGCCGGCAAUGAAGGCUGUUUAGGGUGAAACUUGUAUGCAACUUGCCGACGUCGUGACAUAAGUCGCCUUGCGCACGCGGGACCUGGACGCGAUCGCGUGCGCAGCAGUAUGUAACAUAGUAG